AUUUGGAUGAGGAGAUUAUUCAGAAGAUUAGUUUUGUUUAUGGAGAAGACGGCGGCGAAGGCCAAGAAGACGAGUAUUUUGAAGAUCCUGCCGAAGGCUGCUCAGGCGGCGGCGAUUUCGUUCCAGAACCUUCCGUUCAGUCCCCGGCGGGAUAAGCGGACGGACGGAAAUGCUCACAAGCACAAAUAUCAUUUCAGCAAGGGCGGUUUUUCCGGUCCGAUCAUGAUUCCGGCGGAGGCUCGAGGGAGAUGGAGGAACUCCGGUACGCCGGAGCCUUCUUCCCCGAAGGUAUCGUGCAUCGGACAGAUCAAAUACAGGAGGAAUUUGUCGAGGAAGAAGCACGAUUCGCGGUCGAGAGAAACCGUCAAGUCUGGGAAAAGUAAGAAAAUCAAGGCGGCGCCGGCGAGGAAGCCGUCGGGAAUUAUGAAGAUUUUCAGCUCCGGUAGGAAGUCCGAUGCGGCGAUUGAGCAUAUGAGGCCGCCGGCGGUCGAUAGUCCGCCGAGGCUGGGCCAAUUGAGGAAAUUCGCGAGCAGCCGCGACGGCACGCUCGCCAAUUUUGAUUGGUCCGCCGCGCAGAUCGCGCCGGAGGAGAAUCACGACAGGGAAUUUUAUUCCGACGGAGAGAAGGAGUUCAGCGACUGGGAAGAUGACGUCAUCAUUCCGUUCUCGGCGCCGAUACUUCGGUCUGGAGCUGGACCCGGAGUCGGAGUUGGAGCCGGAGCGGGAGCCGGCUUGGAUUUGGAGCCGAGGAAGGAGAUUAAUUUGUGGAAGAGGAGAACCAUGGCUUGCCCUAAGCGUCUUCAAUUGAACAAUUAAACACAAAAGUAAAAAAUAAUAAAAAUAAACAUUAUUUGCAGAAAUUACUUGUGAAUAAGCUGUAAAAAUAUUCUGUAAUUAUUUUAUGUUUGUGAAUUCUUUUUGCUUGUACUCCUUGAUUUACCUUCAAAUUUUACAAUUUUGGUUAAAUGUAUUUAAUUAAUUAUUCGA